AUUUACAUUUACUGAUUAAAAUGGCCCUGCUGAAUAAAAAUAAAUAAUUUAUUCAAUUAGCCGAACAACAAAAAACUUUAUGAAAUGGCUAAAAAUUCAUUUCAUGAUGAAAUCAAUCGUGUGAGUGAAAAUGAAGAGGACGUUAAACUUGAUAAAGAAAUAAAACAAGAAAUAGAAGAAUAUGAUCCAUGGGAUCCAUUAGCGAUUAGAAUUAAAGAAGAACCAACUGAUGAAAAUGAACCUAAUGAUCUAUGGGAUCCACUGCAACGAAAGAUUAAAGAAGAAAUACUUGAUGAAAGUGAACCGGUUAAAAGUGAUUUUAUAGAGAAUAAAGAAAUCAAGGAAGAAAUUAAAGAAGAGAGUGAUGAUGAACGUGGAGAACUAUUCGUAAAUGAUGAUUUGUUCGUCGACAAGCAGGAAGAUAAUGAAUCAGAAUCCAAAAUUAAGGAUGAAGAACAGUCACAAAUUCAACCUGGAGACGUAUUGGAAGUUAAAAUUGGUGAUAAUAAUUUAUCAUGUGAAACUUGUCACAAAAAAUUUAAUUCAGAAAGUGAUUUAACUGAACAUAAACUAACUCACAAUGAAGAAAAGUCAUUUUUAUGUGAUAUUUGUGGUAAAAGUUUUAAAGGUUAUACCAACUUGAAAGGCCAUAAACGAAAUCAUUACAGGGAAAAAUCUUAUUCAUGUGAUGUUUGUGAAACGAAAUUUUAUUCACAAAGUAGUUUAACUAAACAUAAACUAAUUCACAGUGGAGAAAAGCCAUUUGCAUGUGAUGAAUGCGGUAAAAGUUUUAAUGUUAUUACCAAUUUGCAUAGGCAUAAACGAGUUCAUACUGGCGAGAGACCAUUUCCAUGUGACAUUUGUGAAAAAAGAUUUAGCUCACAAGGUGCUUUAAAUCAACAUAAAAUAAUUCAUACUGGAGAAAAACCAUUUUCCUGUGAUUAUUGUGGUAAAUCUUUUAAUGCUAGUAGUUAUUUAAAGGAACACAUACGAAUUCACACGGGUGAGAAACCUUUUUCAUGUAAAGAAUGUGAUAAAAGAUUUAAUUCACAAAGUCGUUUAGCUCAACAUAGACGUAGUCACAGUACAGAAAAACCAUUAUUUUGUGAUGUUUGUGGUAAAAAUUUUAAGACUAGUAGCCAUUUGAUUGAACAUAAGCGAACUCAUACUGGAGAAAAACCUUUUGUUUGUGAAGAAUGUGGUAAAGGUUUUACUCGACAAAGUGUUUUAAAUCAACAUAAACGGAUACAUACCGGAGAAAAACCAUUUACGUGUGAUUUGUGUGGUAAAAAAUUUGGUGCAAAUAACGCUUUGACUAAACAUAGACGAAUUCACACGGGAGACUUGCCAUUUACCUGUGACGUAUGUGGCAAAAAGUUUAAUUCACAAAGUAAUUUAAAUCAGCAUAAACCAAUUCACAGUGGACCUUUAGACAGACCUUUUACAUGUAAUUAUUGUGGGAAAUCUUUUAAUGUUAGCAGCCAUUUGGCAGCACAUGUACGAACUCACACAGGAGAAAGACCUUUUACAUGUGACGUUUGCAGUAAAAGCUUCAAUACGAAUAGCACAUUAACUAAACAUAAGCGAAUUCAUACCGGAGAAAGACCAUAUGUAUGUGAUAUUUGUGGUAAAGGAUUUUAUUCAUCCGGUGAUCGUAAUAAACAUAGAAAAAUCCAUACUGGGGAAAGUAAACGCGAGCGAUUGCAAAAAAAGUCUAGAGGAGAACCAUCGGGGCAAUGGCCCAAUCCAAAAGUUGCAUUAAAUCCGAAAGUAUGGCAGCCAAGUGGUUUAAUGUAAUGGGUAGUUAAAUUGACUAAAGGUGCAGGAUAAACUCUAUGCAAUAAAUAAAUUUAAAAUUGAAAUGUGAGGCAUUCCAAUCCAGCAAAAUCACUAAAGGUGUAGGAUACACUGAGCAACGUAUUAUUUCAAAAAGGCUUGAAUUUUACUCUCCUAAUGUCAUAGUUACGGAAUAAAUCAUAUAGCAUGGUCUAAAUCAUGAAUCUUCGGACAUGAUGAGGUUCACAGCUGUAUUGUUAAUAAAACACACGUAAAAGAUUAAUUACUGAAAGAUAUUUUUCUUGUAUUAGUAAUUGUUUUAUGUUUGUAACAAAACUUUUACUUAAAAAAGUUAAACUUAAUGUAAAAUAGAAACAUAUCUAAAUAAAAGAAAAGAAUGUCAUUAGUGUCUGGAAACGUAAAUUAAAUAUUAAAAGUUUG